ACACUACCAUACUCAUAUUUGAACCUUAUAACUCAAGAUCCACUAUUUUCUCACGAAACUUCUCUUCAAAUUCAAUUAUACAGUUUGCAAAUUCCUCUUCUUUUUUCAUCAGUUUCUUGAUUUCUUAACAAUGGAAAAUUCCCAUUUUUCUUCAUCAUCAUCUUAUUCUUCUUCAAUGGAAAAAGUGAAUUUCAGAACAAAAGUCCUUAGCAGACACCUAAACCAAGAAAAUCCAACACCAAAUUCAAUACUCCAAUCAUUCCCAUGUCUCAGUUACAACCCACCUGAAUUUUCAGAAACAUUUGCUGUUUUUGACAUAAAAGAAAUGAGAAAACUUUUGGAUGAUCAUAAUUUAGAGGACAAGGACUGGCUUUUUGGUUUAAUGUUACAAAGCAAUCUUUUUAAUCCAAAAAUACGGGGUGGUAAAGUAUUUGUUUGCCCUGACUAUAACCAAUCAAAAGAACAGCAAAGGGAAAUUACUAUGAGGAGAAUUGAGUAUCUUCUUGAACAUGGUGUUUUUAAAGGUUGGCUUACUGGUAAUGGACCAGACGAUGAGUUGAGGAAACUUGCUUUUAUUGAUGUUGUUAGCAUCUUUGAUCAUUCUCUUUCUGUCAAAAUCGGCGUCCAUUUUUUCUUAUGGGGUGGUGCAAUCAAGUUUUUUGGUACCCAACGACAUCAUGAUAAGUGGUUGAGGGACACAGAGAAUUACGUGGUUAAGGGUUGCUUUGCUAUGACAGAGUUGGGACAUGGAAGUAAUGUUCGAGGUAUUGAAACAGUCACAACCUAUGAUUCAAGCACAGGAGAGUUUGUAAUAAACACUCCAUGUGAAUCAGCUCAGAAGUAUUGGAUUGGCGGUGCAGCUAAUCAUGCAACGCAUACAGUAGUUUUCUCUCAGCUACACAUUGACGGAAAAAAUCAAGGUGUCCAUGCUUUUAUCGCGCAAAUCAGAGAUGCAAAUGGCAACAUUUGUCCAAACAUACGUAUAGCUGAUUGCGGUCACAAGAUUGGCUUGAAUGGGGUUGACAAUGGCAGAAUCUGGUUUGACAAUGUCCGGGUACCCAGAGAAAAUUUGUUAAAUUCAGUGGCGGAUGUUUCUCCAGAUGGGAAAUAUCUUACUGCUAUUAAGGACCCCGACCAGAGAUUUGCAGCAUUUAUGGCCCCUUUGACAUCUGGUCGUGUGACAAUCGCAGUUAGUGCAACUUACUCAGCAAAGAUUGGUUUGGCGACUGCAUUAAGAUACUCGCUGACAAGGAGAGCAUUUUCAGUUACUCCUAAUGGACCAGAAGUUCUUAUACUCGAUUAUCCAAGUCAUCAACGACGACUUCUUCCUCUUCUUGCAAAAACAUAUGCUAUGAGCUUUGCUUCUAACUACUUGAAAAAGAUUUAUGUCAAGAGGACACCUGAGAUGAACAAAGUUAUUCAUGUUAUUUCAAGUGCAUUCAAAGCUACGGCAAGUUGGCAUAACAUGCGAACUCUUCAGGAAUGUCGUGAAGCCUGUGGAGGCCAAGGGUUGAAGACUGAAAAUCGGGUUGGCCAGCUGAAAGGUGAAUUUGAUGUGCAGUCUACUUUCGAGGGUGACAACAAUGUUCUUAUGCAACAGGUUAGCAAGGCACUUCUUGGGGAAUAUGUGACAGCCAAAAGGAGUAAGAAGCCGUUCAAAGGAUUGGGAUUAGAACACAUGAACGACUCUCGUCCCGUCGUACCUUCACAACUCACAAGUUCCACAAUGAGGCAAGCCCAGUUCCAGAACGACAUAUUCUGCCUACGAGAACGAGACCUGUUGGAACGUUUUGCUGCUGAAAUUUCAUUAUGCCAGUCACAGGGAAAAAGCAAAGAAUAUGCUUUUACUUUGGAUUAUCAGCUCGCUGAAGACCUUGGGAGAGCCUUCUCAGACCGAGCAGUUCUGCAUACUUUCCUCGAGGCAGAGGCAUCUGUCACAUCUGGCCCCCUUAAGAAUAUUUUGGGUCUCGUGAGAUCGAUGUAUGUUUUGGCCACGCUAGAAGAGGAUGCUGCAUUCCUCCGAUACGGAUACUUGUCAACGGACAAUGCUGCCGCAGUGAGAAAAGAAGUUGCGAAUCUCUGCAGUGAACUAAGGCCACAUGCACUUUCCUUGGUCAGUUCUUUCGGCAUACCCGAUGCUUUCUUGGGCCCUAUAGCUUUCAAUUGGGUUGAAGCCAAUGUUUGGUCUUCUGAACAAAACUAGCUCGCUACACAUACAAACUACAGGGAGUAAAGAUUGUCACAACCAUGGUCUAUUCUUGCAAAGUGCUUGCCAUGAAUAACUCUUUAAUGUUGCAUUGUUUUUCAAAGAAUUAAGUAUAUUUCGACUUUUCUGUUGCAUCAUUAAAGGAUAGAUACUUUUUUUUUCGUCAAAGGAUGGAUACUUUUACUCAUAAACAAAGUGUUGUUUGAUCCACUGGUAUGUUACAUAUGGUCUCUCUA